AUGAUGAUCAUCAUCAUCUUCUUUCUUCUACUUUUUACUGGUCAUGUUCAUACUGGACUUAUACCAUCAUAUAAUUCAUCAAAUUUUAAUGAAACUGAACCUAGUCAACCACUUGUAAUCUAUAAUAAUAAUAAUCAUAAUGAUAAUAAUAAUAAUGAAACAAUAUUCAAUGGUAAUCAAUCAUCAAUUCAAACAGUUGAUAAAAAACAAUUUGCUGAUACGGUUGUGGAUCUUCUAUUAGAUUUAUUAGAAAAAGCCAAUCUAUCUCGUACUGUAUCUGUUAUUCAUAAUGAUACAGAAUUAACUGAACUUGUUGAACAAGACGAUGAUAUUAAAACAACAACAACAACGACGACGACGACGACGACGAAAUUAAUUGAAUCAUAA